AUGCAUGCUGCCAGGGAACAAAGGAAGCCUUAUGUUGUUGUUUUUGUCAGUGUUAAUGGAGUUGGGAAAUCUACUGAUCUAGCCAAGGUUGCCUACUGGCUUCCGCAGCACGAGAUCAAUGUCAUGAUGGCUGCUUGUGACACAUUCCGAUCUGGAGUGGUUGAGCAGCUGCGGACUCAUGCGUGCAGGUAUCGCGCUUAUCUGAAUUCUGACCUGGUCUUGUUUGUUGGAGAGGCACUGGUUGGAAAUGAGGCCGUUGAUCAACUUUCAAAAUUCAAUCUGAAAUUAGCCGGCCUUUCGACUUCAGCUUGGCCAAGACUAAUAGAUGGGAUCUUGCUCACAAAGUUCGAUACUAUUGAUGAUAAGGUUGGAGCUGCACUUUCAAUGGUUUACAUAUCUGGGGCACCGGUCGUGUUUGUCGGCUGUGUUCUAUCACGUACAGAUCUCAAGAAGCUCAAUGUCAAAUCAAUUGUCAAGACCCUCCCUAAAUGA